GUCGCAAGGUGCUGUCAAAAUCGCAGCAAAACUUGUGCUGUGUUGUGCUGUGCUGGAAAUCUGCAUCCUGCUUUGCAGAGUUUGCUUUAUUUUGGUGCUGCCGUUUGUCCUCCCCCUCCACACCAAAAAAACGACGACGACGACGACCCACCACCCGCGGUAGGCCCCGGCCAUGGAGGAGGAAGCGGCGCUGGCAGCGGCAACGACGGCCGUGAACGCAUCCACCGCGGCGAUGCUGCUGCUGAGCGGACACAGUACCUCGCACCACCACCACCACCACCACCACCAACAGCACGAUUUCAAAUGGACGCACGAGCGCUGCCUGCUGCUGCUGCACGAGUACGAUCUGCUGAAGGACAAGUUUAAGGAUCGCAAGCACAAAAAGAAGGACCUGUGGGCGGAGAUCAGCAUGAAGUUCAAGAAGAUCUACGCGUACGAUCUCGAGUGGGACGUUGCGUACAAAAAGUUUCGAAAUCUCAAACAAACGUUCGAACAGGUGCGAGCCAAAAUGCAACAGCAAGCCAUUACCGGGCAGAUUAGCAACCGCCCCAAGUGGGCGUACUUUGAAAAGUUCCAGCAAAUACUGGACGAUCCCGGCAUCCCGGCGUACAGCUACGGCGAUCCUGCCGCCGCAGUCCAUCACAAGCACGAGGAGCAAGAGGAACAGGAAGACCAUCAUCAUCAUCAUCUACAUCACAACGCGCGACACGAUCAUCACAUACACCAGCACCACGAUCACCAUGCGGGGCAGCAGCACGUGGUGCACGCGCACCUCGAUCCGGCCACCGUCGGGCAGGUGCUGGCGGCCGGGGAAGACUUUACCGACACGCUCGUGACCGUGUUCCCGAUGGGCGAGGAGGAGGAGGAGGAGCAGCAGGAGCUGGAAAUUCCUUCCCAACCGGUGGAAGAGAGCGGCGAGGAGGAGGCGGUGACGGCGACCGCCUCGAAGGUAGAGCAGAUAGAGGAACAGCUUCAGGAGGUGGAGGAAGAGGAGGAACCGGUACUGCUGGAGGAGGCUGCCGAGGAGGAAGAGCUGACGGUGGAGCAGCAGCACCACCAUCACCAGCAGCAGCUGGACGAGACGGAGGAGGCGCCGCACCGGAAGCGCUUCCGGCGGCUCAACGACUACGAGCAGGAGCGGCUGCUGAUCGAGCGGGAAAAGCUGGUCACGCUGCGGGAGAUACAGCGCGGCAUCGAGUGCAAAAAUGACAUCCUGCGCGGGAUACUGCACGUGCUACAGUCCAGGGUAUGGCAGGCACAUGCCACGGAAUGAACGGGGCUUUGGCCGGGGCGUGCCGGACACACGCUUUACUGGUGUAUAGUACAAAAGGAGAAUGGAGCGUUUGUGGGUCGUCGUUUAUUGUACGACAUCCAACAAACACACAAAAUGCGUUUGUGUGAAGCAUUUGACAAAAAGAGAAGGAUGAUAAUAAGAUGCGUACACUACGGUG